GUCCAAAGAGCCCAUUGUUCGUACUGUCAUCAGCCAUGGUUCAGAAUAUGGAACAAAAGAGUUUCUUGCGAUAUUAUACAACCAGAAAUCUGCGCUUUGACUCCCACACCCCACCUCCCUCCCAUUGACGACGUUCCUCUCCACUCAUGCCUAUCUCAAAAGACCCGACAUUCCCUCUAUUUCCAAUCCUCUCAUGCCUCGGUUUCAUUCUCGUUCUCAUUCCUUUCCCCUGGCAUGCUCGAGCUUCAAAUUCUGGGACUUGUGCUUUUAUGAUAUGGACAGCGUUGAACUGUCUAGUGGCAUUCGUGAACUCGGUCAUCUGGGUAGGGAGUGUGGCAAACAUCGCCCCUGUGUGGUGCGAUAUCUCCACUCAAAUCCUUCUCGGUGCUGGUAUCGGGAUUCCCGCUUCGAUUCUUUGUAUCAGUCGUCGUCUCUACAUGAUUUCAAACAUUCAGACGGUAUCCGUCACUCGCGAAGAUAAACGCAAAGCGAUUCUAAUUGACCUUUGCAUCGCAGUCGGUAUACCCAUUGUCAUUCUUGCUCUGCACACUAUCGUACAUCCUCAUCGUUUUGACAUAUUUGAGGACGUCGGUUGCACCCCUACAACUUACAACACUCUUCCUGCCUAUUUCUUAUAUUCUAUGUGGCCGCUUGUUCUCGCGACUUUGUCUCUGGUUUACUCCUGCCUCAAUCUCCGGUCGUUUUAUAAUCGUCGUGUGCAAUUCAGUCACCUCGUAGCCACUACGUCCGGGAUGAACACCGGUCGCUACCUCCGCCUGAUGCUGUUAUCCUGUGUUGAUAUCAUGUUUACUCUUCCCCUCUCGGCAUAUCUCCUGUACGCAUCCUCUCAUGGUGUUGUACGACCUUGGAUUUCUUGGGAAGACACCCAUUAUAACUUUGGUCGUGUUGGUUUGUUUCCGGCACUACUUUGGCGAAAUGAAUUUAACAUUCUCGUCUCCAUUGAGCUCACUCGAUGGGUAAGCCCGUUCUGUGCCCUAUCCUUCUUCGCUCUCUUUGGAUUCGCCGCCGAGUCCAAGAAGAACUACCGGCUUGCAUUCUGGUGGGUCGCAAAGAAGUUUGGCUUCUCCCCACGGCAGCAGUCGCGCGGGAUCGUGUCGUUCGACCGCAAAAAGUACCAGCCCCCAGGUCACUCUCUCGACACCCAGGACACACUUCCCAUUUAUGUCUUAUCUUCGAGGGAUCAUAAAGAUUUGACUUCGGGUACCAACUCCUCUGUAGAACUGGGUUCUCCUUAUAGCCCUCCACCCAUAUCCCCACCUGCUUAUACACCCUCUGUCCCCACCUCGCCCACUGGGUCGUUCAUCAGCCUAGCGGACACCGAAAAUCCCUCACGAUAUUCAAUUCCGUCCAUGGCUUCCUCAUGCCACAUUUCUAUCUCAUCUGCAUAUGCGCCCACUAUCAAUGACUCAACCACAUUAUCAUUCCCCGUCGUUGCUGAAUUGGCUCCUACCCACGCUCCCGAAAAUAACCGCACAUCGACAUCUUCCCAUUUUGGAAUUCCUGUCAUUUCUGAAUUGCCACCUGUUGCAGUGGCUUCAGACCGCGUCGCUCCCGAGGACACUCUCGCAUUGCCUUUCGGGGGAAGACACACCACCACUUCAAACGGACAUCUCACCCAUUCACCAGAAACCAACCCAGCGUCGACUUUGCGACCCGUCACACCAGACCGUGUAUAUCUCGCCAGGGCUUAUUAUCCCAGCUCGACGCCUCAAAAUCAGCCUCCAUCUCCACCGCCCUUCCAUCGGCCGUUUCAGAGGCUGAGUCUCUAUCCUAUUACGAAGUCUUUUCCUUUUUUCCCACCCACUAUCGUCGUCACUCAGACGCAAACGGUCUAUACCGAAGAUACCACCGAAAAUGAAAAUGAAAACAUAAACGAAUCUUUGCAUCUCACGUCUGCUUCUACCUCAAAAUCUACACUCACAAGCGCACAAUAGCUUGUUUAAUCUUUUCUUUUUUCUCUGCAUACUUUUACUCACACUUGCCACGAACAAGCUCAUAAUUCUGCAAUCAUCUCUCCAUUCUAAGUACAUCCCCUCAAAGACGACUUUCUUUUAACUGUCCGAGACUCUCUCGUUGUAUUAGCCCUCCUGUUUCUUGACCCUCCCCACGUUCAAAACCGACAAAAAACUGCGUAUAACUGUAUCUAUACCGACGUUCUUUAGCUAUCUGACGCUUUAGGUCUCUUUUUUUUUUUUUUUUUGGUGCACGCUAUAUAGUUAUAGUCUGUCUUGUAGAUUAACGCCUCGACUUUGACUUUUUGAAGUCGGUUCAUGUUUUAUCUAUUUGUCCAAUGUGGUUUUUUCCCGCUCUAACUUCGCUGGGCGACAUCUUUCA